AUGUCGUCUUCCAAGUCAAUCCGCAUCAAGCGACAGCCAAGAUCGAAAAGAGUAGGGAUUGCCGACCACGACACUAUAUGGAGAAGGGCGAAAAAGAUAAAGCAAAAAUUAGGGCUUAUAGACUACGACGGUCGCACACGAUUAACAGUUGCCAAGACGCACUGA